UUUGUUUCAUUUUAUUUCAGCACGAAAACUGCUGGUAUAGUUUUAGAUUUAUGUAACAAAAACAAUGAUUGGUGCAAAGACUUCAGAAAGAGAAUUCCACUUAUGCAUAACUGGAGGCCUAUUUAAUAGACAAAUUAACUACAAUUUAAAACAUAUAAAUCACACCACAUUAUAAAACAUUUCUGUUUUUGCAAACGGGAGGAAGAAGUCAAGUAAUCUGUUUGGGAGUUACACUUUUAAUAAUUCACAUGGCUUUCUUUGUAAUGCAGAGCACUUUUAAUUCUGCCAAUUUUUUUAUUGUUGACGUUAGUGCAUGUUUUAGGAGAAUACCUGGAAAGAAGCAUCCACAAAAAACUAGUAAAAGUGACAGUCACUGAUCUUGUACGGCAGGAAUCCUGGGCUUGUGCCUGCAUUUAUAUUUUUAUCUGCAGAGAUGGAAUCUGUUUGGAAGGCAGACUGCAAUCACACUUUUAUUCUGCCACUCUUUUAUACGCACUUGGAAAAUGAGUAUAAAUGAGACUGUUAUAAAUAAAUCACGGAGGGUGUGGUCAAUUUUGAUCCAGUUGCAUCAGAAGGGGAUGUGUACAUACUUUUGGCUGUUUAGUGUAUGUGUUGUUGAUAAUUGAUAUACGUAGAUAUGAACAUUUAAUUUUGGUAUAAGCGGAAUGGUACAUUUUCUGACCUAUUCAUGUUUAAUCUCCUUUUACAUUUUGCUCUCCACUUAUAUAGUCCUGCUGUAUAUUUUAAGAACACAUAGUCCCAGUUUCGCAGACACAGAUGUGAUCAAUCCGUGAAAGUUUCUUUCAGUGUAAAAAGCUCAGAUUUAAAUUUCAGUCAUGGACUAGGCUUAAGCCAUGUUUGUGAAACCUGGGGUUAGUCUCUUAUCUGUAUGUCUGUCAAUCAUCUGUAAUUUCAUAUCUAUCCUAAAUGUCAAAGUGCAAUCAAACUGAAUGAGGAUUAUUUAAUAUUUCAUUUUUAACAUUUCAAUUUUGAGUUUAUUUCGACCAAGGAAUAGCAUUUUACAUUGAUCGGUAACGUAAUGCAUUUUAAUAUGGUCAUAGAUGAAAUGAUAAAUCCAUCAUGAGAUGACCUACAUGCUUUCACUGCAUUUUACUGGCUUCACUGCAUUUUUCACGCAGCUGAACUUACAUCUUCAGUAAGGAUUUCAACGCUUUUCAAACUGAAUGGACAUCAUUUCUUACAGAUUCAUAAAAUCUGAGGCUUGUUCUGGAGUUUUAUUGAGCGCUGUUGGAGUGAAAGUGUUCUGUCUGGUGGGCUUGUUGCUUGUUGCUUCCUGUUUUUGUAUUAUUGUGGUUGCAGCUAAAAAUAUGAGUAACUUACGUGAGAUGCAGAGACUGUAACGUUAGCAUAUCCCUUUCUCCUUUUCUGCCUUUUUUUUUUUUGUCGCGCUCAUUAUAAAAAGGCAUUAAACCGCUUUAAACAGUAAAAUUUAUAUCAGCUCAUGUUAGUUUAAUGAGUCUAAAGUUUGCUAAGACUCCGUUAGCUAGCAGACUAGCGCGCUGUGCUAGCUGACCACCAAAUCUUUUUACACGAUGUAAAAAUACAAUAAAACAGUCUGUAGUUUUUCUUUUCUUUUUUUUUUCUUUCUUUCUUUUUUUGGCUUUAAUCCGUCGGAAUCCCACCGAGUCUGGACUGGAGAGCAAAAAGCUUCUCAGCCUCUGUCAGAAUAUUUGCCGGAAUAUGCCGUGACGUGUCGGUCAGGCUGUGAGCGCAAACAGGAUCUUGGAAGGUAACGUUUCCCCCAGGUCUGCGAAUAGAGAAGACAUGGACAGCUCAGUCACCCUGUGGCAGUUCCUGCUGCAGCUUCUGUUGGAUCCCAGCAAUGACCACCUCAUCUGCUGGACCAAUGAGGAUGGAGAGUUCAAACUGUUGCAGGCGGAGGAGGUGGCCAGAUUAUGGGGCGCCCGCAAAAACAAACCCAGCAUGAACUACGACAAACUCAGCCGGGCUCUGCGUUACUACUAUGACAAGAACAUCAUCAAAAAAGUAAACGGGCAGAAGUUUGUGUAUCGUUUUGUAUCGUACCCUGAUAUCCUAAAGGGAGAUGUCAUGGCCAGAAUGGAGGGUGCAGACGGCGUCUCAAAUGGACCUCUGCCCCUCUCCGACAAACCUACAAACGUCUCUAGGGAUAAAGACAGCAAAGCUGCCCCAGACAGAGGAGCAGAAACACCGGGUCAGUCCAAAUCGUCUGGUCGGAAUGACUAUAUCCACUCUGGCUUGUAUACAUCCUUCACGUUGACCUCUCUUCAGUCGGGAACGCAACUUUUUAAAUCCAUUAAGGUUGAAAAUCCAGGAGAAAAGCUAAUGGAGAACAAGGCAGCCCAGGAGUCGCCCCAGCCACCCACUGUCAUUAAAUUUGGGGCCAUGCCACAUAACAGACAUCCCACUCCGUCUGUCAUAGGGACGCCUGAACUUUCAACCCAACCCGCCCAAGCUCCACUGCCCGAUCCAGCAGAACCUGAGGCCAAACAGACCGGCGUCUCGCAUGUGGAGAGUCCCACCUCAGAGAAUGCCAUGAUGGGCUUCCCGCUCUCAAGAAUCUCUUCAUCGCCACUCACACGUUCCCAGUCACCCUCCUCUUCUCCGAUGACAGAUUCCCAGGAGCUGGUGAUCGACAGUGAAAUUGAGUCCCUCUCCUCACAGCCGUCAGAGUUACAGCUGCAGGACCAGCCCACCUCUGUUUCCAAGGACAUUGUUCCAGUGUCUGAGAUGUCUGAAUCUCCACUGCGCAAUCUCAGCGGAAAGUCUAAGAAACCCAAAGGCCUGGAGUUGAUGCCCACACUGGUGGUGACCAGCUCUGACCUCAGCCCUCUCAAUCUGUACAGCCCAUCCAUCCCUACGGCCUUACUGCAGACACCCCUGCUGCUCACACCCAGUCCACUUCUGUCCAAUAUCCAUUUCUGGAGCACACUCAGUCCAGUGGCCCCCCACAGUCCCGCCCGGAGACAGGGCACGCAUACCCUCUUUCAGUUUCCUUCUGUACUGAGUUCUGCGCAGUUCUCUGUUCCCGUGUAUAAUUUAGACGGCACCAACACGCCCGGCCCUCUCUCACCCGACCCACAGAAGACAUAAGAGGGGGACAAAGACCAGCACACUUCAUCUUUGCCUCAAGUUCUUGAUUGAUAAACGCAGGAUAACCUCAUUCUCUUCACCUGAUCUGGCACACUUCAGUAAAAAAAAACAUCUUUGACCGCCAUUUGACUCUCGAACCUUUGUGAUGUCACUGAAACUUUUCCUUGGGAUGUAUAUCAAGCCAUCGGAUACAUCAGUAAAUCUUUCGUUGCUAUUUUUUAAUGCGCUGGUCUUCAGGGAUCGGCUCUAGUGUGACUAAAGCAGAUGGCUGUCGAUCUGCACGGCUGCCAAAAUGGGAUUUCAUCGUAAAACGUCCCGUUGUUUGAUCAUUAGAUUAGGAUCUGGAUUGAAUUUCCUCGUGUUCAGUUUCUUGUGGAGCUUAAGACUCCGAUCAGACGCAGAAGAGAUUCUCACGUGACGUCAGCACCGUGUGUUUGUACAGCAAGAUCCUUGUUCUGAAUUGGAUAAAGAGGGAUCAUUUUGUACAUAAUCCAACAAGUUCACCUCGUCCCAACUGGUGUUUGCCUUUUGUUUGGGAAGUCCUCAAACAAACCUGCCUUGCCAAGCUAAACCGCCCCUUUGCCUUGUGAUUUUGAUAAUGGUGACCUCUGUUUUAUCUUGUACUUGUCCUCAUGCUGCACUUACUGCUUUGUAUUUAAAGUGUUCUGUAACCACAUAAACAGCACUUAGAUGAAAACAAGCUGCACUUACUAGGGCUUUUGCUCCUAUUCGUGUUUACUAGCCAUCCAGAACAGUAGUGAACUAGUUGGCUUAUUUUAUUACAUUAAUGUCACCUGUAAAGCUAGCUGUGCAACCCUCAAACAAGCUCCUGACAGCGUUUUAUUAUUCCAGAGCCACAUGAACAUGAAUCCCACUUUAAGAAAUGGUUGCAAUCACAAUCAGCAGAAGUCAAGUUUAUUUGGGAUAGUCCACCAAGUCAUUCCAAACCUGCGUGUCUUUCUUUUGUAUGAGGAACACAAUCUUCUGGAGAACAUCCAUGCAAUGAAAGUCAACAACAUUUGACCCCAUUGACCUUCAUUCUGAGACACGUGAUACAAAAAAUAUCAUCAUUUGUGUUCCAUAGAAGAAAGAAUUCACAGAGGUUUGCAACAAAAUGACGUUUAAUUCAUUUUUGGGUGUACUAUCUCUUUAUGAAUAUUGAGUCUAACAUUCAGGACGUUCUUGAUGUGACCCUCAUCACUGGAAAACACAUUUUAAAGUGACAUCUUCUAGCAUUAACCUCAUCUUUUCUGGUGCUUUGAGCAUGAUGCACAUUUUUGAGUAGGGAAGAUUGGCAUCGCCCACGCUGCAAUGCUUGAUGGCGACUGUCUAAUGAAGCGUGUUUCCAAACACGCCCCAACGCCAUUGAACCAUUACCGUAACACCACCAGAUAUGCCACUGCGGCUAUGCUUAUCAUGCAAAUCUUUUCGUAUAAAACAUUCCCUCCUCUCUGAAAGACUGGAAGCCAUUAGGCCCCAAGGACUUGCUUUACUCCAAUCGACUGCCGAUUCACCAUUAAUCUAAUGGAGCGUACACAGCGUAAAAUGGAAUGGAACGGCACCGGCUCAGUGCUUAAAGCCUCAUCCCACCAUUAGGAUAGUUGGAUUGCUGGAGAUCGGUUGGAUGCGUACCGUAACUGGAUGGCUGGCUGUAGAGCCCGGGCCAAAUACUCAAAACCAUUCCUGCAUUUGUCAGCUUUCCCGGAGUUGUGCAAGAUUCAAUCCCCCGGCAGAAUGCAAUCUACCUUGGACAACAAGGCAAAGCUGUUUGUAAUGCCCAGUCAGAAGUGUCUGUCCUUGUUGUAGCCGGUUAGCAUGGUCCAGUUAACCUCUGCUGGUAGAUUAGACCAUGCAUUUUUCUCCAUUGAUGUUCUUUCAGAACUGCCGUGUGUUUUUGAAGGCAACAGAUAUAUUUUAGUGUGCAUUAUAGUAAAUACAUAAAAAAAGUGUAAGUAGACCAUUUUUGCUUUAAUUUUUGUAAUAAAUAUGAGCACUAGUGACCAUAACAGACUUUAUUCAGAAGUCCCUAAACUUUUGCAUAAUAGUGUAUGUCAUUUGUAAUGUAUAAUUUAAAAGAAUCAUUACUACUAAUUGUUAAGUAGUUUUUCUGAUCAGGCGUUGUAUAGAAUACCCAAACAAGUCCAGUGGAGUUUGUAUUCUUAAAGAGAAUUGAAUAUUGCACAACUGCAGUAAAGAUCACUGUCUGAACCAAAUACUGCAGCCACUCUUUGCUGUCCUCAUUUGUUGCCAAUGCAAUAUCGGUGUGUUAUUGUUUUUUUUUUUUUGUUUUUUUUUUUUUUUAGAGCGUUUAAUCUCCAAUUAUAAAACAGUAUAGGAAAUUAAUGCCCAUAUGUUGCACAAUAUAAAAUUCUACCUCUAAGAGUCUUAAAAUCAAAAAGCCAUGAUUUAUAACUGACAUGCAGUAGAUGCUAUACUGGAACAAGGCUUAAAUGCUGACAUUCAAAAUGCAGAAACCGAGCUCUGUUAGUCCCUCCCUGUAGGACCACCAAUGAUAGAAAAUACAAAGGGAUGUGUGUGUGUGUGUG